CAACUCUGCCUGAGGCUCCGAAUAAACAUUAUACACAGUGGGCUCCAUACACAUCACAUCUAAACAUCACGCACUGGUUAUAUCGUACUGGGUCGAGCAAGGGUGUCUCAGCCGAAGCGCACUGGUGAUGUAUAGAGAUGAAGAGUCGUAAUCGGGUUAUUUAGUUACGCCGUCUCGGUUGCAGCGACCAGCCCCUUUGGUGACGUCAUCGACCGAGAGGACGGGACUGUCUACUGAACUCACGAGGCGCCUCCGAGCCCUCCCGUAUGGCAAGCCAUCCCCGCCAGAAAACGGCAUCAUUUAGACGCGUAGUGAUUCUGCAUCCUCACUGUAGUACCUUUACUACCACUACUGUAACACACGAGAACUUUGGUUUGAUCAAACCAUCGCGGUUCUCUGCACGAUGUUGGGCAGCGGCAGCAAAGCGGCUACCAAGAAGAACGGAGCCGGGACCCCGGAAUCGAAGUCUAUCGACCCUUUGCGAAAUCUCGGUGUGCAAGACGACGAAGAUGUGAAGUUUAUGUUGGAGGGCUCUAGCAUGGUGAAGGUCCGCUCCCCCCGCUGGCAGAAGCGGCGCAUGCUGCGGCUGCUGGACGACGGAGUGACCGUCUGGUGUCAGUCCCAUAAAACCUCCAGCCGGGCCAAAGAACAGCAGUCCUUCUCCAUCAUGGAGGUGGAGUGUGUGCGUGAGGGCUGCCAGUCGGAGACCCUGCGUCGCCUGGAGGGCUCGGUCCCGGAGGCCCGGUGUCUCACGGUGGUCUUCAAGGGCUCCAGGAAGAGCCUGGACCUGCUGAGCCACACCCCGGCGGAGGCCCAGCGUUGGGCCCGCGGCAUCCGCACCCUGCAAGAGAGGGUGGAAAACAUGACCCAGAAGGAGAAGCUGGACCACUGGAUCUAUGCCUUUCUGAGGCGCGCCGACCAGAACCAUGACGACAAGAUGAGCUACGCCGAGGUGCAGACGCUGCUGCAGAUGAUCAACAUUGAGCUGAGCGAGCGGUACGCGCUCUCCCUCUUCCAGAAGUGCGACCGCUCGGCCGACGGCCGGCUGGACCACGGGGAGAUCGAGGAGUUCUGCCGGGAGUUGCUGCGGCGGCCUGACCUGGACGCCGUGUUCACGCGCUACUCGGCCAACGGCUGCGUCCUGUCCACUGUGGACCUGAGGGACUUCCUGAAGGACCAGGGAGAGGACAGCUCGCUGGUGCACGCCCAGAGCCUCAUCCUCACCUACGAGCUCAACGAGUGGGCCCAGAAGAACCAGCUGAUGACUCCCAACGGCUUCACCAUGUACAUGCUGUCCAAGGAGAACUGCCUCCUGGACCCCAUGCACAACGUGGUCUACCAGGACAUGAGCCACCCGCUGGCCCACUACUUCAUCUCCUCCUCCCACAACACCUACCUCAGCAAGGACCAGCUGACCGGAGAGAGCAGCACCGAGCCCUACAUCAGAGCUCUGAUCCAUGGCUGUCGCUGCGUGGAGCUGGACUGCUGGGACGGGGACGGAGGAGAACCGGUCAUCUAUCACGGACACACGCUCACCUCCAAGGUGUCCUUUCUGGAGGUCAUCGAGACCAUCAACGAGUACGCCUUUAAGACCUCCCCCUAUCCUCUGAUCCUGUCCCUGGAGAACCACUGCACCGUGGAGCAGCAGGUGGUCAUGGCCCGACACCUGCGCUCCGUCCUGGGGAAGAAGCUGCUGACCAGACCCCUAGAAGGCAUGGAUCCCGCUACUCUGCCAUCCCCAGAGGAUCUGAAGGGGAGGAUCCUGGUGAAGGGGAAGAAGGAGCGGGUGAUAGCAGAGGGCUCCUCCAGCUCCUCAGACCUCAGCUCCGACGAGGAGGGGAGCCAGGUGGAUAAAGGAGCCAAGAAGGCCGUGUCCAGCCUGAGUCCGGAACUGUCGGACCUCGUGGUCUACACCAGGAGCGUUCCCUUCAAAGACUUCCAUCAGGCGGCCAAGAAGCCCGCCACGGACAUGUCGUCGUUCUCCGAGAGUGACGCCCUGCGGCACGUCAAAGAGACCGGCGUGCAUUUCGUGCGUCACAACAGCCACCAGCUGAGCCGGGUCUACCCCUCCGGUCAGCGGCUGCAGUCCUCCAACUACAACCCCCAGGAGAUGUGGAACGGAGGGUGCCAGAUUGUGGCGCUGAACUUCCAGACCCCAGGAGAGCAGAUGGAUCUGAACGGGGGGAGGUUCCUGCCCAACGGCCGCUGUGGCUACAUCCUAAAGCCCCCGUUCAUGUGCCAGAAGGACACCACCUUCAACCCGGAGAACGUGGGCGGAGGUCCGGGACACCAGCCGGCCCUGGUCACCGUCCGGAUCAUUUCAGCCCAGCAGCUGCCUAAGCCCGAGUGGGACAAGCCCACGUCCAUCGUGGACCCCCAGGUGUGGGUGGAGAUGCACGGCGUGCCCAUUGAUGUCAACAAGAAGAAGACCAACCGCGUAGACAACAACGGCUUCAACCCGCGCUGGGACUCCACCUUUAACUUCACCAUCCACGUGCCGGAGCUGGCUCUGGUGCGCUUCAUGGUGGAGGACCACGACUACACCUCCAGGAACGACUUCCUCGGACAGUUCACCAUCCCUUUCACCAGCCUACGCACAGGCUACCGCCACGUCCGCCUGCUCAAGCUGGACGGCUCCAGCAUGUCGCCCUCCUCCCUCUUCGUCCACAUCAAGGUCAACCCCUCCCCCGGCAGCCCGUCCAAGUCCCCGUCCAAGUCCCCGUCCAAGUCCCCGUCCAAGUCCCCCAACAGAUCCCAGGCCGGGGCCGCCAAAGACCACUAAGGACACGGACGAGGUCUCUGGACGUCAGGUCUCUGGACGUCAGGUCACUGCUAGGGGAGGCUUGAGGCACAACCCAAAACAUAGACUGGUUGGAUGCUCCAACCCACACCAUAGACAUAGAUCAUUCGUUAAAUAUGAAUUAUUCAUUGCUUAUUAGGAUAUCAAGAUAAUUUGAACAUAGGUGUCUGGAACCGAAUUUAAACGUGCAGUGAAUCCACCACGAGAGGAUACUCAGGGUAUGCAGUCACACAGAACCUUUGCUCACAACAUAAGACGUUGCACUAUGCAUUAUCAUGAUUGAUGAGGGAUUUUGUUCAAAAGGACUAACAGGGAUCUCAGAUACAGGCUAUUUUGAUAGGGGUUAGGGUGCAUCUUGCUAAAGGAUGCCAACAGGUUGGGUGUGGACAUUGGGCAUCGAACCCAGUGCCUUCGCCUGCUGCUCAGUGAUCUGCCCACAUACAAAAAUGUUUAAACUAAUAUUUGGUGCUGUGUAGUCCCGGCCUUUAGAUCGUUUGUAAGAAAUCAAAAUGUAUACUUUGGUCAUUUCCAGUUUAGUAAAAUAAGCCGAAGUUGUAGAAGGAUUAUAUAUUUAUUAAUCAUUUUCUGAUCGUUUUUUAUUGUUUUUACAUAUUUAUAGAAGUUGCUGUUUUGUCCACGAUGGGUUAAGUGAAGGCAGUUACAUACGAUAUGGCAUUUACAUUUUGUAACGACAUGGUGCCAUUUUGUAUGAGUAAAAGCUAUGACUUGUGAGCACAGUCUUACAAGGCCUGUAUUAUCACCGUUACAGUAUUAUAGGAAGGAAUUCAUUUCGGAUGAGAAACCUGACAUGUAGAAAUGUUUUGCCAGCACUAUCUCCCAGAGGUAUGCAAAACCAUUGCAGUUAUGUGAAAGGAAAAUCUUAAAUGAAUAGUUACCAUUCCCAAUCACUUUCUUUUUUUCUAUGCUUAAACUCCAGUAUUUUGCAGCCAAUGUCUGGCUCUUUAGACAAUCCCUUAAAUCCUAUUACCUCCUAUAUUAUAUGGAAAUACCGUAGUAUAGAUAAUAUAACGUUAGCUUAUUGCGAUGCAACUGCUGUGUAAAAGAUUGCUCCACAGUGAGCAUGUUUUAGAUUAAGGUUUUUAUAUUUCAUGAUCUGAAACCAGCCAAUCAAAACUGUAAACUAGAAAGAAGAGUUUGAUAUUUAAUUUGUAAUGUGUUUGUUGUAGCUUGUUUAAUAGCAAUAUUAGGAUCUGCACUACAUUUAGAUUGGAUGCCUUAAAGUGUAUGCUUUAGAAUAGAUUUGGCAUGUUUCUCGUGCCCAGUUUAGCGACACAGGUUUCUCUACACUUUAUUUACUUCAAGACACACAUUUCCAAAGCAGGAAGGUGUACUAUCAAAUUACCUUUUCUUUAGUUGUGUGAAUGGAGUAUAUAUGUAGCAUUCAAGUAUGAUUCUGAGAUGUAUAUAAGUGAACAUGUUUCAUAUUGUUUAGCGAAUGGUAGUUUGUUUAAUGAAGAUUGAAUUUAAAAGGUUUUACUUGAAAUGUGUCAAAAGGUUCCAUAUGAGAAGGUGAAAAAACAAUGACCGAGUAUUAUAUCAAUUAUUGAUCCAAAAUCUUUGUCAAGAACUAAUCAAUACAACUAUAUUUUAAAUAUAGCUGCAACGAGAAAUACCAUCUCCUUUUUUUCAAUUGUUUGUGUUGAACUUGAAAGUUAAUAUAUUUUGGUAAUCAUUUGGAAACUUGAAGUAACUGUUGUGUUUAACAUGGUCUACUGUUAUUUUGUUAUUAAUUAUUAUUUAAUACUGUAAUGGUAUGCUAUCAGCAGCAUCGAAGCCAUUUAUAAAAAAUAUAGCGAAGAAGCGAAAUACGUCCUAAUUAUGUUAUUUAUGAGUAAAAUAAUGUUACAAUUUAGGGUUUGAAUAGCUGUACUGUGUUCAAAUCCUAUUUUGAAUUUCCGAAAGUUUAUAUGGUCUACAUUUUAGUCCUCAUGUUAAACGACAACAUUUAACUGAGAUUGGUUUUAAUCAAUAUAACAAUUCAAUCACAAGUUUACAUUUCAAAUGUUUCCUUUCCAUUUCAUACAUUUGUGUUCAUUUUUAUUAUUUAAUAAAGUAUGAAGUAGUGUCAAGAAAAUAUGAGUUGAUCUAAUAAAUAAUGACAAUUUCUUUAUGACCCAAA